GUUGACGCUUGCUGGUUGUUGGGCUGUCAGUUCUGUAUAGUCAGUGCAUUCAGCUCCUAAAAGAUGAACGUAGAUCCGAAAACGUUGAUCGCCGAAAUUUUUGCAAGGCCAGCUAUUUGGGAUAAUAAGCAUAAAUGCUAUCAUAACAGACCAUACGUGGACAAAUUAUGGCUAAAACUGGCGGAUGAUCAUAACGUGCCGGUACGUGAUCUGAAACGAAAAUGGAAAUACCUACGAGACCAGUUCCGGUCUGAGUGCAAGAAAAUCCCCAUCGAGCGGGCAAACGAGACAGGUUUCUGCGAAGCCGAAUUGGAAACCUACUCCUGCUGGCCAUACUUCAAGGCACUGCUAUUUCUGAAGGAUCAAAUCAAGUGUCGCGAUUUUAUAGGAAAUUUGGAUGGAAAGCGGAUUGCCGUGGAUGCUAUGGAGAGGCUCGAAUCCGAAGCAGAAUACGUUGAAACGAGGGUCAACUGCGAAAAAAUAGACAAACCUGUAAUUGCUGGCAUCCGUGUAAACCAGGACGAUGAGACGAGGGUCAACUACGGAAAAAUAGAAAAACCUAUAAUUGCUGGGAUCCACUUAAACCAGGACGAAGAUGAAGCUUUCUUCUACAGUUUGUUGCCACAUAUCCGGAAGCUAGAACCCGCUCAAAAAUUACUGUGCCGAAUGGAGCUUCAGAGUGUUGUGUUCAAACACGUGUAUCAGAGACAGGAGCCGCGAGUAGUUCAACAGCCAUAUAAUGUGGAACACCUGGUUGUAGAAGAGCAUCCCGUGGAAACUAAAAUUGAAAUCUUUGAUAAUCCUAUUUAAAAUGUUUUCCGUAAUGCUACAUUUUCGAAUAAACCAUACCAUCA